CCCCGAUUUAACCCUCUCAGCCGGCAGUCAUGAUCUUUCACAUAUUGGCUUGCUUUCUAGGCCACCGAGCACUACAUAACCACAUGCUGGCGCAAACGAACAGGGGGGUAUCAGAGGACAGUUGAUGGACGGUGCUGACAGAACGAACAACAGCGUGGUCAACAACGCGCUUUUUGGCGUCGGACGCUGAUGUGCUGCGAGAAUAAGAGCUGCAGAAUGAACACGCAUUGUAUUUGUCAUUGUACAAGUGUGCUAGGAAUAUUCCGAGCCACCGGAAGGAAAAGUGUCCCGGCACACAGUGCGUCCCGGCACGCAAGGAUUGACAUUACAGCACUUUCUUUGCUCUAGGACCCUUUAUCGCGUACUUCGUCAUGUCGGACAGCCAUGAUAGCGGGCCGCCUCUGUGCACGUCCCACCACAGCGCAUGCACCGGCAACAAAGCAGGCGAACUUCGAGGCUUAACUUUGCAAACGCAGACCAUCUCAGAACCGACCUACACAGAUCCAGCGACUGGAACGCCAUGUUUUGAGCACAGUGAGUACUUUAAUAAACAGUCCACGAAAGUGAACACUGGGCUUCACCUUGACGGAACAUUCAAUGACGGCGGAGACGUCGCCAAGCACUGCAGAGAUGAGCAUCUGCCUAACAAGAACGCUCCCGUCAUAAAUGUAGACUUUGGCCACUUCAGCGUACCCUCUCGUAGUUCACCAGUGGUUCUGACCCCUCCUUCAACCAAAGAGCUUGUCUGCGCACUUGUGCACCCACCCGCAUACGCCUUCCUCCACGGCGUACUCUCGAUCCAGUGGGUUAUAGGCUGUCUUUUCGUGUUCCGAGUUUGCGACGAAAGACUUGUGUUAACAGCUGAGUCGAGUGUAAGGACAGAAGGACGAUGUCUGGGCAUGCCAGGUGUGUAUCUGGAGUGGCUGUGCGGCGAUCACGAAGAAUCGAGUCCAACUGAGCAGAGUAUGCUGUUAACGAAAAAGUAUUUCGAGUCGCUGUGCCGUGUGGGGGACGUGAGUAAACGUGGGUGAUAUGGUCUGCAGGUCAGCACCACCGAGACUGCAUUGUAUAGUCGCUUGUACGUUUUUGCAUAUAUCUUCUUCCGUCUUUACAUGUCUUUUAUCAUCUGUGUUAUGUUAUCUACAUGUUCGCCGCCGAUGUUGUACCCGUGGUAGUAUUCCACACAAGAUUGGUAUGGACUUUUGACCCCAUCCAAAUCGGGACG